AUGGCCUCUAUAUCCUGUUCAUCGUCCUCGUUGGGGGAGGUGGUCAAUUCACCUAGUUCCGUCCUCAGUUUCCAGCACCUCAGCUUCUCUGUCAAGACGAAAAGCGGCUCAAAAUAUUUAAUUGAGGAUGUCUCCGUCAACAUCCGGGCAGGGGAACUACUGGCACUCAUGGGACCAUCUGGUGCAGGGAAAAGCACACUGCUCGAUGUAAUGGCUUUUAGGAAGACGAUGAUGGAAGGUGGAUCUAUAUACCUAAAUGGACAACCGCUGGGCCCUAAAGCGAUGCACAAGAUCUCGACUUUCGUUGAACAAGAAGAUGCAUUGCUAGGGGUACUUACUGUCAGGGAAUCUGUCACAUAUGCAUUGCGGCUCCACUUGCCACUCCUGCCUCGCAAGCAAGUGAACGAAAGGGUCAAUCGCGUACUGGGCGCUCUGGGGCUAAAUUCAUGUGCCGACCAAAGAAUUGGCACACCUAUUUCACGCGGGAUUUCUGGUGGACAAAAGAGAAGAGUAACUGCAGCUUGCGCGAUGGUGACUUUUCCACGCGUAUUAUUCCUUGAUGAGGUUACGUCAGGACUGGAUAGCACAUCGGCACGCGAAGUGAUGGCGUCUAUUAGUACGCUUUCGAAGGCAGAGGGGAUGAUCGUCAUUGCAUCCAUCCACCAACCGUCACUUGAAACCUUGGCUCAAUUUACCAAUGUAAUGUUCCUCGCAUCAGGCAAGACGUGCUAUCUAGGACGGGUUGAUGAACUGGAUUCAUUCUUCGAGAAAUUUGGCCACCCAGUUGGACGUUUUAGCUCCCCUUCAGAUCAUGCCAUGAACUUCUUAAACAGUGACUUCGCCGGAAGCUCUAAAAGUGUAGACCAAUUCCGUGAAUUCUAUCUGUCGCUGCCAUCCUCUAGUAUACCCGAUCCUGAAAAGGUUGCAUCUGGAUCAGGACAGCCCAUCGAAGAUGACUCGAAGCUUCAUGGGAAAGCGGGACCACUAGAGACUCUCUUCUGGAACACAGCCGUUCUCUCUGAGAGGACGGCUUUGAACUACCUGCGUAACUUGCUGGCGUAUGGUGUCCGAGUUGGGAUGUAUGGUGGCAUGGGCCUUAUGCUUGCUACUAUAUGGAUAAGGCUGGGGGACUCAGACUCGGUCGUCAACGAUCGUUUGUCCGUCCAUUUCUAUAGCGUAGCUUUCCUCGGCUUCAUGUCGGUUGCUGGUAUCCCAUCAUUUUUGGAAGAGCGUGCUGUCUAUUAUCGCGAGUCAAAAAAUGGCCUAUACUCCACACUCCCUUUCCUACUAUCGAAUACCUUGGUCAAUAUUCCAUUCUUGUUCGCGUCUACUGUCAUUUUUACGGUAAUUUGCUAUUGGGCGAUUGGUUUACAUCCUGGAGCUGCACCCUUUUUCCGUUUUGUCAUAUAUCUCUUUUUGGCCAUUUUUGCUGCCGAAAGUCAGGCUCUUGUGGUGGCAUCUUUAAUCCCAAUAUUCGUUGCAGCACUCGCAAUCAGCUCAUUUGUAAAUGGCUUUUGGAUGAGUGUCGGAGGUUAUUUCAUCAAAGCUCGUUCACUACCUAGAUUCUGGUUCUUCAGCUUCCACUACAUGGAUUAUCAGAAAUAUGCUUUUGAGCUUAUGACAAAUUCGGAUCUUCGAGGACUUACUUUCACCUGCGACACAAUCGUCGACGGUGUUUGCGCCUGCUCAUACCCAUCAUCCACUCCCUCCACUUGCACCGUUUCCGGACAGGAUAUUCUCAAUUACCUGGACAUCGGCCACAUUACAGAUCGCAAGUGGAUUGGAAUUUUGGUGUCAAUCGUCAUUCUCUACAGAAUAGCGCUAUUCUUGGCUUUGAAGACUAAAUCUGGUUGA